UUUGUGGUUAAAACGGGAGUUCAAAUGUUAACAAUCAUACAAAAAUUUGCAUAGCCAUUCUUGAAAUCUCGCUCCAGUACCAGUGUUCAUCAAGGAGAUUAGACAACGCUAGAAUGCCCACAUUCACUCUGCCCAGAAAUCAUUAUCACUGAAAAGAAAUGAGCUACAAGAGCAGUUAUUAGUGAGUGUACGUCUGCGCAGAAAUACCAAAAGCUGCAUAGCUUUUUAGACUGGACUGCGUUGCAAAUAAGGAUGGCCACUGCUCGUGGCUUCUUCUUCGACGACGAGACGGGCGAGUUGGUCACUUACGGUGUGAACGAAGAAACUGGCGAGCCGAUGGUUAAUAAUCCAACGGUGUCCUUUUUUGGAACACCUCGGCCCAUUCCACCGAUGGAGACUCCGAAUUUUCCAGAAGGUCCAAUGAGUCAGACAAAGAAGUUUCAAGCACUCAAGGAAAACAUAAUCGCAGGCUCCAAUCCCAUUAGCCACCGCAUGCUGCUCUUUCCAUCCGUGAUGAUUUUUCCGGAGCUCUUCUGUGUUCUGCUCCUCAUUCUAGAGGUGUAUCUACAUGUGAAGUGCCACAAGAAGAACAAAAAAUUAAAAGAUCAAAACUUGUACUACCGAAGUCCGUUUCAUGUCGUAACAAGUACUUUCUGUGGAGCAUGCCGUGAAAGUGAGCUGGCUUCUAGGAUAGGGCAGAUGCAAGACAAGCGACGCAAUCGUUACGACUACUUCAGAGGGAUUGCCAUAUAAUGUGGUAAUUAUUAUUAUAUCUAUUAAAACUAGCAGUUCAACUCACAGCUAAUGAGUUAUGUUUCUGUGUGUUUUUCCACUUUUUCUCCUAGAUCUAAGUAUAUUUCAAUAUAAAAGGCAUAAAAUUGUCGGUAUCUCUUCUAGAGAAUAUUUUGGGUAACGGUCCUAUUAUUAAGUAUCUAUGUAGGAUGUAUUUAGAAUUUUGAUGUAUACAGUAUGCAUUUAAAAACUUUGAUAUGUAAGAUGUGUUGGAAACAAUUAUUAAUGAUGAAUACAUGCUCGCUACAAGUAGCUACAUAUUUUGUUAUAAAAUUAAGAAUUUAGGCUCAUUCAGCUUGACUGAGGCAUCUGAUACCAUGAAACUAAAAAACUAUUGAAAUAUGUCAGGAGUUUACCAAUCGUCAUAUUGCCAGUAUAUUUUGCCAUUACUGAGGUUCAUUAUUGUUCAUGGUCAAAGUACAUCUAUGACCAGUCUUAUAGAGCUUUGUUAGAAGUUUUCAUGAAAUGCAAAAAAUCAAUAAAACAAAAGAAAGGGAACACUGUUAUAAAUUAUCCCAACAGGAGGGUGGUUGAGUGCUUUGCUCACUCGGUACCAAGCAGUUACCAGAACCUAUAUAUAUAUUGCAAAGUGAAUGCUGUUGUGAGAAAGGAAGCCGAAAUCUAAAUUGUAUUGUAGAAAAUCUGUUACACUCUUAAAGCUUGAACGCAUGACUGAUUUACGGCAGAAAAAGGCACAGAAUAGUAGUGCCAAACAGGCACAAUACCAACAAUAUAACCAUAUGAGACGUUACCUUUAUAAUAGUGGCCUAGAUUAAGAUGAGUAAUAAUUAUUUAAUAAGAUUGGUGUCUAUGAACACAAAGGUACUAAAUUGUGGUAAAUGUUAGUUUUAAAUGACUCUAACUGUAUUGGCGUAAGUAAUCACAUUCAUAAACAUUAUGUAAUUGUAUCUUCAUUAUAUGGUAAUGUUACAAAAUCAUCAAUUGAAAAUAUCUGUUUAAUUUUCCAAAUUAUUACACCAUUGCUGUUAAAAUAGUUCAUAGAUUCAAACUCAAAUUAAUCAACGGGAUAUUCUUUCAUUGAUAUUGAAUUUAAGCCUAUAAACUACAUGAAUAUAAUCUUCAACUAUGUAACCCUUAAUCUUAGCGUAAGCAUCUUGUAAUUAAUGAUACCACAUCUUUAAACAAGUGGUCAUAUUUAUAUAAGAAUUUCAAUCAUCUCUUUAAGUGUAGAUGAUGGCUUAACUGAGACGGCUCUGGUGAUGAUGAAAAGUCAAUCAUUUAUUCCAUACUAUUAUUAUACAGCAUAUUACUGUUAUAUUUAACAGAUGUAUUCAAAAUCUUUAAUUGGUCAAGUUAUACUGAAAUGGAGGAAUUCACUUGAGUAUUAUUGAAGUGACUGGAUACUAGCCGAUAGUGGCAAAAAUGUGAUCCUAUUAAUUAAAUACUCUUAGUAUUUUUUUUAGUAUUUUAUUAAUCAGGCAACUCAUCUCGUAAUGGCAAUAUAGCGUGCCUUUGAGCACCACACUUUUCCCACAUCCUGCAUAAGCCACCUCAGCUAAGCAAAUACAUAUAUAUAUAUUCCAGUAGAUAAACUUUUAAUAGUACUUAAAAAUGUAAAAUUUUGUAGUCUUCGCGUCAUUGAUAACGAGAGUAGACGCUCUGAUCAAAUUACAACUUUUUAAUAUAAAUAAUCAUUAUUUAAAAUUUAUCUAAAAUUUGAGAAUAUUUGUAAUUUAUGUUCCUCACCAACGUAAUAACCGGCUUGAGACAUCCAUCUCAUGUAUAUAAUAGUCGGUUGUUCAGGUGAUUUUUAAUGUUAUGAUGAAGAAAGAUACAGUACUACCUCAAUCAAGUAGUUUUAUAUAGUCCAGCUUUGUACUGGCAUCGGUACUUUGGUGAUGUAACAAUCGAGAAUCUAAUUGAGCGAUUUCUAAUUUCUGAAUUUUACGGUCAAUAAAUUUUAAAAAGUACUUUAAAUUCAACAACGCUUUUCCUCUUUCUGUCCGAAUUAAAAUAUCUCAAAAUGUUAAACGUAUUCACCCCACAUUGAACUCUCAAAUUCAAAUUAUUUCUGUUAUACGUAUAAAUAAAACAGUGGUUCUGAAUAUAUAUAAUAAACAAGUUUAUCUUAACACGUGUAUAUUAUUAACGAUUCUCGAUUGAUAUGUCGUCAUAGGUUAAGUAAAUGUUGUCGAAUUAUUUUCAAACUUGUGUUCCGUACGUGAAUUGAUUUUAAUUAAAGAGGACGUGGAGGAUUUUUCCUUUUGUGUUGGUAGUCUGAGGCUCAUCUCCGGGUGGCCGAAGAAUUAGAGUUCUUUGAUGUUAAUCUUAAGAAGAAAGUCGGUCUACUUUAGUCCAAAUACUUUAUUAUUAAUUAUUACUUUAAUUUUAAUCCUAAUAAUAAACAUGAAGUCUGAAGUAUUUAGUUGACUCUGGUACAUUUGUUUAAUUAUUUAAAUAUAUUUUUUAGUAUUAUCUCUAAUAGAAUAAAACUAUAUUACGCACACCUAAAUUUGCUCAAUUCCAAAUAUAAUAGUAUAAGUGUUAGUUACAAUUUGUUAUAAUAUAUCUUCAUUUCGUUUCUUUUACGCUCUCUCUGUGCUGAUCUUUUAUUUAAGUAUUCCGAAAAUAAUUAGAAAUUUGGUUAAUUACAUUUUUCUGAAGACGAAAUCUUCGAUCGUCCUUUAGCAUGACUCUGCUCACUACACAACCACGUCAAAGUCAAUAUAUUGGUUUUUUUUUUUGUUAUGUCAUAUCAUCGGCCUUCAAACACACACGGAACAAUUCGUAAAUUUCCUUGUCUUUGGACUAAACGUAGACUACGAAUAGAGGUAAUAAAAUUAUAUAAAAAAAAUUAUAUUAGGUAAGUUCGAUUUAUAUUCCGGUUAUUCGUAAAAUAAGUAUACAUAAAAUAGCAAAUGUACGAUAAAAAGUACACGGACAAAACUCGCGCAUGUGAUAACAGAAGUAGUAUGUACUGGUCAAGAAUGAACAAAUGUUCUGAGACUAGGGUAGGUAUGUGUUGUGUUCUCUACACUCAAAUUCCGUUUUAACUGAAUUACUGUCUUGUUUCGAUUGCAUCUUAAUUCCGAGGUGACAAUCACCCGCUCUUACCCUCGGUCGGACUUAAUUGGAAUGAACUGAACGCAUUCCGUUUAUUCCUUUCAAUGUAUUCCAAUUAAGCUCCCUGAAUCGAUCAAUAAUAUUUAUUAUUAAUCUGUAUGCUUAUUGCGAGUUUUUUAACGUUCUCGAUAGCGUAAAAGUUAAGCCAAUUAUGUAUACAGUUGGAACAGUACCACUAGCGGCAAACGUACGUAAACGAACCCACUCCAUACAAACAUGAGCUAACUUUUACGCUAUCGAGAACGUUAAUAAACUCGCACUAAGCACACUGGUGUGUUCGAAAUGAGACGGUAAUUGAGUAAUGGUGUUGUAAGUAAAUCUGUCCUAUAUACAUGUUCUUUCUCUGAUCUGUCAGCCCUUUUCUAAUGAAAUCAUUAGUUUGUAAGUUAAUUGAUAGUGACAAAAAUUUAAGGCCGUUGACUUUUCCGGCAUUCGUAAAUCAUAAGAAAUAUAUAUGUAUUUAUAUAUAAAUAAAAUUACAUAUAUAUUGACUAAUAUCUCGUAACUAUUCACUAUGUUUAAAUUUAAUAAUAAUUCUACUAGUAUGUAGGUUUUAAAGUUUUCGACGAUGACUUGAUCAGAAUUUUCGGACGUGAUUAUUGAAAGAAAAGCGAUUACAACAAACACGCUUUUUAUUCGUAAUUUUUAAUUAUAAUAAGACUGAUGUCGCAAAAACGAAUGGUGUAUUGAAUGUUGUUGGAAAAAUAGGCCUGCUAGGUGGAAAAGACGAUUAUAGUUUAUUGAAAUAUAAAAAAAUACGAAGUCGUAAUUUGUAAUAUACAUAUAUAAUAAUAUAAUGUACAUACAUCUAUUACCGUGUUCAACUAAGGCUAUAUACAACGAAAAAAUUGAGGGUUUAAAUCCAAUAUCUGUAGGUAAAUUAAUCAGGCUAUGACGGUGCAUACAUUUAAUUAAUUGUAUCGGAAAUUCCUUUUAGCGAUCUUCAUAUGAAUUGUAGACAGAUCGAUCGUGCGGUCAUCCUGCCAUGCGCAGUGUACGCUGAUAGGCCCCAUCUCACGCUUCUCUCGGAACUUUGUUCGGCCCGGCUGAAAUCGAUUUGUCUGGCUCACCCCACAACAACCCCACCCUUCUAUUAAACUUAUUUGAACACGGUCCUAUAAUCGGACCUAUUUGCUAUUCAGUUAAGGACUUUCGAAAUUUAUAUAUAUUGAAAAUUAUUUUAAUGAAAUGACGGUAAUUUUGAAAAUGUUUUGAUUCUUGUGAUGUGGAUGUGAUUCUUAAAUUGGUAUCAUGAAAGAAUAUCCCGUAGUUAUUAAAUGUAUCCCAGAAAACUUCAGACCCUAAGUAUGUGCUGCCUACUUUUAAAACCCCUAUUUUCAGUCGAAGGUUAUCUUUCAGUGUUCUCUUUUAGCGUUAAGACUGCAUAUUGUACUUUUGUCGUCUAAUAGUUUGUAUUUUUUUUUGUGUGCAAUAAAGAUCUACUCUAUAGAUAUUUAUAAGUUAAAUGCGGAGUUUUCCAUAGAUGAGGAUAAACCAGUAAUAUGUAUAAGUGCUAUAACUAGAACAGACGGUAGACAAAAAACAAAUUCUCCUUCAAAUGGAGGGCGGCGGCGUAAUGUUAAUGCUCGCACUAAUGCCCAUAUGUUCAAAGACGGCAGUGACCACUUUUCAUCUAGUCAACCGCGAGCGCGUUCGUCUGUUUCGGCCAUGACAUAUGUAUAAUAAUCAAGAUUGAAACGCCAAGAGCAGCCAUUUUUAUUGCAGGAUUGUCUUCAUUUUAUGGAGCGCCGCUUAUACCAAUCGAAUUAAUCGUUAAGACAGAUAAAGUCAUAAAACUUGGUCUCUAUAUUCGAUGUGUUUUUAUUACUAUUAGUAUUUAAGAAUUCAGGGGCAUUUAAUGUUUUAUUAUUAUGUUUUAGUAUUUAGAUAGUUCGGGGUUCAAAGAACCAUGAUGAAGAAUCAAUUAAAAACUAAAUACCUAUUUAUUUUCUGUCUACCGGGGAGUGGCAAUUAAGUAUUAUGUUCAAACAUUAAAGUUUCGAUAUAAUGGUUUUUUAACCUUCCGGAGUAAUAAGUACUCUUCAAUUACUCACUAAUUUUUUUGGCACUCCCUAAGUUUUACCAAAAAAGACGAUGUUUUUCAAAUUGUAUCAUUUAAUGUAUCCAAAUAUGGUGGUGGUGAUGUAACUGGAUUGCUGUAUUAGAAACUUAAUAAAUAUUUCUGUCUAAUAAA